AUGCCCGAUCCAACUGACUCCAACACUAAUGAUGACAUCCAAGACCUGGCCCUGACUGGACUAAAAGAAGCUGUGGCUGAGCGGGAUCGCUGUCUAGAUGGCAAGAACAUGGUCGUACUGGAGUUGAUGGCCAAGAUAGGCGAUUUAGAGAACCAGUUGAACAAGAAGGACCACUUGGUAAAGAAGUACAAGGAAGUGCACCGGAAAUUGCAUCUGACACCGAUAAAGGGAUCUGCUGAGAGUGAGCACGAGCAGGCGGAUGAGGUAACAGUACUGAUUUCAAAACUAAAUUUAAUCGCCUAUGUUACAGUAAGAAUAUGUUAACAUAGAUCGAGAAAUUGCGCUCAAAAGAAUUUUUUAGGAUGUGCCAUGGUUACAUACUGAACUCAUGGAUAUCAUCUUCUUCUACUGCGACUACCGUACCAGAAUAGCUAUUAGUAUGACAUCUACAGCUUUUUACCACCGCUACAAGGUUUGGAACGAUGUCAAGCAUCUGUACGUACGCAGAAGCGACUCCAUCGAACAAGAUCAUUGUACGGUAUGUUACAGUAUACCAGCUUUUAGCUUUUUACUUUUUAAUUUUUAAAUGAAUUUUGGUUUGAAAAUUCAACUUUCAGCAUCUUUCACUAUUUACUGUCUAUACAUUACAUGUUAUUUAGAUAAUUCCUCACAGUUACCAAGCCAUCACCAACUCCGCCCCUCCAGGUGUGAUCAGGUUCUAUCACUUCAAGAACAUGAAUACCUACUUUGAUCGGAUAACGACGUUGAUAUUGGAGAGUUCGCAAGAAUCUGUUGUAUCUCGUCUGAAUCGUGUCAACCUCGCUACUCCGGACUCUGCUUUUCUGCAGAAAUUCAGGAAUCUGGAGAUUGUCAAGUUUUGCGCUGUGAAGAAGAACAUGGGGUGAGUAGAAUGAAGAUGGAACAUGCAGUUCAUGUAUAAUAUAUGAUUUGUUUUAAUAACUGAUUUAGUUUGUACUAUACCAUCUCUGACAUCUUGUCAUUGCCCAAGAUUCGUGUCAUUCACAUCCGAGAAGACAACCUCAUCUUUGGAAACCUGGUACCAGUGGCUUCAGUUGAAGAUAUACGGCUGUCUUUAGAGUAUCUUGACUACUCGGACUUUUGCAAAUUGUGUUUGGCAGUACAACAAACCCUUAGGCACUUGUUGCUGUCCGUAAACCUCAACUUUCUGCCGUUGGUGGUACGACAAAGUCCAAUGUCACAGUUUACGGUAAGUAAAUGACAUUAUAAAACGAAGUUGUUUCAAAUAAAUGUUGAUUACAAUGCUUGCUUUAGGGCGACGAGUACUGGAGAUGGAUGUGUUCGAUGCCCUUUUUGGAGACAGUUUCCUAUCCCAAACCUCUGAUGAGAGUAAGCUUAGGUUCUUGCUUGUCAUAGUAUUGCUUACACUUUUUUUGACAUUACAAACUAUUAAAAAGCUACUACACCAACUAUAAAUUCAAAAAAACUUACGCCAAACACUGUCAUUUCAGAUGACCACCUUAUCCAACAUAAGUCACUACUUCCCCAGCAUGUUAUCCAUGAGCACGUUGACACUGGAGUCUCUAAACACGGUGGAUAUUCCUGUCAUCUCUACCAUGUUACCCGACCAUUGUGAGUGCAUCAUCGUAUCAGAGAUGCUGAGAGUGGGCGACCGUUUGGUGAAGCUGAAUUCCCUUCAGAACACCUUCAACGAAGCCUUCACCCCCGACCUCAGAGAGAUUCUCUACCGUGAUUGUCGUGCCGUGUGUAGAAAACUACGGCUUCAGCUCGGAUUCUGGAGAGCCGCGAUACCAGCUUCACUUGAUAUUGAUGUAGGCAACGUUCGUGUUACGGCAGCCUUCUCCAAGACCACGGAACUGAUUAACGGAGACGUUGCCAAUGACCGUAGAGUCUUCUUCUGGAACAACCAGAUAUACAGUCGAACCGAGUUUCUGCGACAUUUUGGCAUUGACUAUGGUUUGACCAAAUAA